AUGUCGACGACAGCGGCUGUGGGUCUCCUCGCUCCGGCGAGGGUGAAGGCGCUGCUGCGAGGGGCGGAGGGAGGCGAGGACAAGGUGCUGGUCAUCGACGUCAGGGACAGCGACUUUGCGGGAGGGCACAUCAGGGGUGCUGUUAACAUAGCGGCGGAGACCUUUUGCGACGACAACCGGGUGGAUGAGCUGGUGGCGCUCUGCCAGGGCAUGGACACCGUGGUCCUGCACUGCUUCCUGUCGCAGCAGCGGGGGCCCUUCUGCGCGCAGCGGCUGGCAGAGCGGAUGGAGGAGGCGGGGGGCGCGCACCCAGAGGUGUGCGUGAUGGCGGGGGGCUGGCGCCGCUUCCGCCGCGAGCUCAAGGAGGACGACUACGACCUGGUGGAGGAUUAUGUCGACUGA